AAACCGAAGUACAGUGUUGACCAUACCAGAUGUUAAACCGAAGUACAGUGUUGACCAUACAGCCCCAAACCGGCGGAGUCUAGGACCCAGCGGACAGGGUGGUAUAAUAGCGCUGUUAUUCCGUAGUGAAGAGAGGUUGCAGGUAACUCUGGGAAAUACUCAACACAAAAAAAUACUGUUUUAAUUAAAAGUCUGCGGUGUUUAUAUGUGAGGAAUUUGGUGAAAGCAAUCACGAGUCUCAAUAAGCUGCAGAAUUGACCGCGGAUCCAAGGGAUGAGAAGAGGUUGGUUGGAGUGCACCAGAGGAAGACUUUGUGACUUGACAUUUAUGCUUCUCCUGCCUCUCCCCUCCUCCCUGUAGGAUACAUCAGGAUGAAACGGCUCAGGUCUUCAAGCAGCAGUGACAAUUCUGACAAUGAGAGUCCUUCCACUUCCUGCUCCUCCAACAAGUAUGGAAGCAAACCUGGAACCCCCGCUUCCAUGCCCAAGAAACCAGCAGAGGUGUUCAGGAAAGACCUGAUCAGUGCCAUGAAGCUGCCUGACUCUCACCAUGUCUCCCCUGAAGACUACUAUCUGCUGGGGGACACCUGGAGACAGGAGUGGGAGAAGGGGGUGCAGGUGCCGGCCUUCCCCGAAACCAUCCCACACGCCUCCAUCAGGAACAUAGCGGAGAAGCCGAAGGAGGUGUUGUUCACCCUCCAGCGGCGGUAUAUCCAGUGCUGGAGUCAGGACGCUACAGAGACGGGUUAUGUUAACAUCAAGGAGCUGGCUGAGGCCAUGUGUCCUUAUGAUCUGGAUGACAUGGACCUCUACUGGCUGCAGGCACUCAACGCUGAGCUAGGACACAUGGGGGAGGGUCCUGUAGACGAGCUGACAAUGGAGCGCACCAUGGAGGCUUUGGAGCGUCAUUGCCAUGACAACAUGAACCAUGCCAUCGACACGGUAGAAGGGCUGGGCAUCGAGUACGACGAGGACGUCAUCUGUGACGUGUGUCGCUCCCCCGACAGCGAGGAGGGCAACGACAUGGUCUUCUGUGACAAGUGUAACAUCUGUGUUCAUCAGGCGUGCUAUGGGAUAGUGAAGGUGCCGGAGGGUAACUGGCUGUGCAGGACAUGUGUUCUGGGCAUCGACCCCCAGUGUCAGCUGUGCCCCAUCAAGGGAGGGGCGAUGAAGGCUACGAGGGCGGGCACCAAGUGGGCACACGUCAGCUGUGCCCUGUGGAUCCCUGAGGUGAGCAUAGCGUGUCCAGAGAGGAUGGAGCCCAUCACCAAGGUGUCUCACAUCCCCCCCUCCCGCUGGUCUCUCAUAUGCAGCCUCUGUAAACUGAAGACUGGAGCCUGCAUACAGUGCUCCGUGAAGAACUGCACCAUCCCGUUCCAUGUGACGUGUGCCUUCGAGCACAGCCUGGAGAUGAAGACCAUCCUGGAUGAAGGAGACGAGGUGAAGUUCAAGUCCUACUGCCUGAAGCACAGCAAGCCCAAGAACCAGACCUCCUCCGACCCACCGGCCCCCGGCCUCAGCCCCUGUCAGCCAGCCCACAGCAAGCAGCCCAAGGCAGGCGAGCCAGGCUCCGUUCUCAGCCCGGCCCGGCCCAAACCCCCCAUAGACCCAGAGAGGGGGGGCCUGAGGGCCCAGAGGUUAUUAGAGCUGGAGGAGGGGUUUUAUACUCUGAUCCACCCUGAGGAGCUGGCCCUGAACCUGGGCCUACCUCGCACCCUGCUGGACUUCAUCUACCAGUACUGGAAACUGAAGAGGAAGAGCAACUUCAACCGUGCUCUGCUGCCCCCUAGUGAGGAGGAGAACCUGCUGCUGUUGCCUCAUGAAGACAGCAUCCACACACGAAUGAGGAUGUUCAUGCACCUCCGACAGGACUUAGAGAGGGUGAGGAACCUGUGUUACAUGGUGAGUCGGAGGGAAAAGCUGAAACUGUCUCAGAGCAAAGCCCAGGAGCAGAUCUUCAACCUCCACGUCAAACUGCUCAACCAGGAGGUCUCCGCUGGUCUGCCUGUGUUGUUCCCGGUGGAGAGCAUGUUGUUCCGGCCUCCUCCCAGAAUCACCCUGAAGCUGAAGAUGCCCAAAGUGUCCCUGGGUAAUGGGAAGACCGGCUCCAAGUCAGGCAACGGCCCCCUCUGUCCGGAUAACAGCGGGAACGUUCACCAACACAGUGGGGGAGGAGGGGGGUUGGGGGAGGGGGGGGGGAAGGGUAAAGGGGGAGGGAAGCCUCCACUCCAUGGGCGAGGCAGGAGAGAGGAGCGCUCCAAUGGCAGUCUACUCUCUACCUCAGGUCAGUCACGUAGGGAGGGCAGUACCGCCACUGGACCAGCACUGACCAACAGUACGGCCAGGGGCUCAGCCCUGCCUACUGGCAAGCCCCUGACUGGCAAAACCUUAACGGGUAAACCCCUGGCGCUCCACGGCCACUCCUCCAAUGGAAAUGUCAAACUGGACCCAGAGCGGGCGGGGCACGUCCCCAAAUCCAACGGUGUGAUGGAGAAGAUGGUAGGCGUGGCCCAGAAGGACAGCGCCUGUCAGACCCCCAGCGAACAGGAAGCCAUUGAGGGGUCAGGGGUUAAGGCCAGCCAAUCAGCCAGCUUCAGGAGGUCAACCAUGGAGCACUUCAACCAGUCCUUCAAGGAGGCGACAGUCAGCUUGGUGCGGACCACGGAGGACCUGCGGGGGGACAAGCUGUCCCAGGGGGGUAAAGGCUCCAGAUCAGCCAAGGACCGGCCCUGGGCCAAACCAGCUUCUGGAGGCUCCCAAGGACCCAGUGGUACCAGACCACCACCCUACCAGGAGACGGACGGAUAUUGCCCGGACCUGGAGCUCAGUGACUCGGAGCCAGAGGCUAAAGGUCAGAGGUGGAAGCAGGGUAGGGGGGGCCAGGCGGGGGGAGACUACAGCAGGGGGAACAGCAGAGGGAAGCAGGGCCUGGGGAGGUCCAGUAGGACCUCAGAACAGAGAUGACACCUACUGUAAACACCUGCCCCAGCUCUGCCACUCCCUCUCUCACCUACUGUAAACACCU